AUGAAUUAUUCAACUACAUUAAUUAUAUUUAUUUUUUCAAUAAUAUUACUUAUUCAAUACCUAAAUAGCCAAAAAUGUAUCAAAGAAGGGAAAGAUUGUUGUGAUAAAAUAAAAUGUACCAAGGGUUGUUGUGGCAAUUUAACAUGCCAAAGUUUGCCAAAAUAUGAAAGUGGAAAUAUUUAUGUUGGUCUCCGAAAUAUCUGUGGGAAAGGUAAAUUUUAA